AAACGGGCCACAUGAAUUGACUCAGGAGGCCUCACUUUCUUGACCCCUUGAUGAUAAUAAAUAAUAAUAACAAAAUUAGUGGCAAAUAUAAAUCCAAAGAAUAGAAAAAGAAUUCAUUACCAUACAUGUGCACAUUACUACAUAUACAUACAUAAAAAUUAGUUGUGGAAUCAUGUUUUGUGCUGCUUAGCUUCUUCUUCAUCUCUUCUCUCUCACUUGCAUCAUAAAGACUCACACCCUGCUGAGUUUCUUGAUGUAAGUAUAUUAUAUUAUAUACACAAAGCUUCUUAGGAUCAGAACUGCCUCUCUUUCUUGAUUUUUCAUAAUGGUUGUAGUUUCACAAGAAGCCAUCAAUCAGUUUCAAUCACUCAUGGAUAAAGUUGAGGAACCCCUGCAAAAAACAUUCCAGAAUGUUCACCAGGGACAUCCAACCGAAGCUAUGGAGCGUUUCCUUAAAGCAAGAGAGGGAAAUGUUUCCAAGGGCCACAAGAUGUUAGUGGAUUGCUUGAAUUGGAGGGUGGAAAACAAGAUUGAUGAUAUAUUGGCGAAACCUAUAGUUCCAACUGAUUUCUACAGAGCAGUGCGUGAUUCACAGCUUAUCGGAUUAUCUGGUUACACCAGAGAGGGCCUUCCUGUCUUUGCUAUUGGUGCAGGCCUAAGCACAUUUGACAAAGCAUCUGUUCACUACUAUGUGCAAUCACACAUUCAGAUGAAUGAAUAUCGAGACCGCGUAGUUUUUCCUACUGCAACAAAGAAAUUUGGGAAACAUAUUAGCAAGUGUGUGAAGGUAUUGGACAUGACUGGCUUGAAGAUGUCACACUUGAGUCUAAUAAAGCUACUAACUAUUAUUUCUGGAAUCGAUGACCUGAAUUACCCAGAGAAGACAGUUACAUAUUACAUUGUAAAUGUACCAUAUAUAUUCUCAGCUUGUUGGAAGGUUGUCAAGCCACUCUUGCAGGAGCGGACAAGGAACAAGGUUCAGGUGCUUUCAGGUCGUGGACGAGAUGAACUUCUAAAAAUAAUGGAGUAUUCAUCCCUUCCGCACUUCUGCCUUGAAGGCUCUGGAUCUGCAAGACAUGCUGAAAAGUGCUUUUCCUUGGAUCAUCCUUUUCAUCAACAAUUGUACAACUAUAUCAAGCAGCAAUCCUUUCUCCUGGACCCCGUCACACCAAUAAGACAGGGAUCUGUUCAUGUGGAUUUCCCAGAGAUGGGGUUGGAAGGAACCAAGGUUGCCAAAACCUUAGAAUCGGAACUACAAAAGUUUCGGAGUCAGGAUGGGUUUCCUAAAUCAUUAGACAAACAAAAGAGCGGUAUUGACAUAAAUUAGGCACCUCAUUUUCUUGCUAAACUGGGUGGUAAAUCCUGAGCCUGCUGCCAUCACUUUGUCGACACCUUUACAAGUGGUAUUGCGGUUAUGUUGCUCCAACUGUUCUUACCAUCAUACUGAGUAAUGUUACUACAUGUGAUGUUCUUGAUCACAUUUUAUCAAUUGUAAAAGGCUGAUUCUAUGCUGUAAGAGGGUAAUUUAUAUGUAAGCCCUGUUGUAUGAAGCUAGUAACUAUUAUAUAUUUCUAAUUCUAUACUAUACAUGGAA